AUGUUCCACCGCGUGCGACGGACCAUCACCGACCAACUCUCAACCCUCGCAUCAAGUCUACCUGGCUCACCUGCGGUCGGAAGUAAAGGCUCGACCGACCACGAGGUCGAGAUGACGUUCGCCGGAGCGACCUAUCGCUCGUUGAACAAUGGCGGCAGCGUGACGGGCAUCACCGCGCCAACGGCUUCGACUCAUGGCCGAUCACCCGUUGGACUGUGGGGGCCGUGGGGGGCCUCGAACAACCCACCCAUGCCUCGUUCUCGUCUCGUGCAAGUCUGGCUUUUCAUUUCGCCCUUGACCACGAUUCUGCUUGUCGUGGCCGUCCUGCGCAUGGCCAGCCGAGAACCGCCGCCGGAGCCCGUACCGAGGCCUGUGCCCCUGCCCGAGACGCUCAACCCGUACGCCUGUGCGCCCAAGUCCAAUUUGACCACCUUGAGUGAGAUCUGCACCCUCGAGCAGAACAGGGUCAAAAGCUGGAGGGAAGCUGCAGAAGGGUACGAGGCUGGCCAUGACCGACAUCUGACACAGGCCCAGUGCGACAAUGUCUUCCCCGGCCUCUAUCUCGAGAUCGAUCGCGCCGUUGCAUACUGGAAGAAGGAGGGGGGAGUGACCCUCAAGCAUCUUGAUGAGGCAGAAAAGAAGAGUCAGGCUCGAGUCUUGAUAAAGAACAACAGGGUAUGUCUGUGGUCAUGAGAUAUCCGGAAAGCUACGAUCGGCACCACCCGCUGGCCUAACGCUCCAAUUUUUCGUCCAUUACCCUCUUCACAGCUCUACGUCAAGAGCUAUUCAGAUGACCAGCAAGGCACACGAACUAAAGCUGUGCUUGCAUCAAUCCGCGACGCCAUAAUCGGUUCCCUCGAGCCGCUCCCUGAUGUCGAGUUCGUCGUGCAAACCGGCGACACGGGCAUGCCAGCAGGCGCAGCGUGGGCCCUCGGUCGUCGAGAGAAGGAGCCUCAAUUGACGCUCAUGCCCGACUUUGGUUUCUUCUCCUGGCCCGAACCUGGAGUUGGCGGCAUGGUUGAGGUUGCGGACAAAUGCAAGCAGUACGAACAGAGGAUCAAGUGGGCAGACAAGGUCCCCAAGCUAUUCUGGAAAGGCGCCUUCAUGGUCGAUAUUCGCAAGGAGCUGUGGGAUAUUGCGCGCAAGUACAAGUGGGGUGCAGUCUCGGAUCUUGAGUGGGGGGACAAGUCCACGAUAGAGAAAGAGGUGCUCGCCCCGGAAGAGCACUGUGCUUUCAAGUACCUGGGACACGUCGAAGGAUUCGCAUACUCGGGCCGAGGGAAGCAGUUGCUGCAGUGUCGCUCCGUCUUCGUCACGCACAAGUUGAAGUAUGUCCAGCACUUCCACCACCUAUUCAAUUCGGAUAUGAACUCUCCGGACCAGAAUAUCGUCGUCUCGCCGGGUCACAACUUUGACGAACUACCCGCGACGAUGCAAUGGCUCAUCGAGAACGACGACCGCGCCGAGCAGAUCGCCGAUACGUCGUACAACUUCUUCCGCCACUACCUCUCGCCCGCGUCGGUCGAUUGCUACUGGCGAAGGCUGCUGCAACAAUGGGCCGAGCUCAUGACGUUCGAUCCCGAACUACCUCGCGACUUUGCAUCUUACGAGUCGUUCAUCCUGAUGGGGAAGACCAAGUGGGUGCCGUUCUAG